AUGGCUAGCAGCACUUCAGACACACUGCUAGACACUGGUGGCUUGGAGGGUUGGAUCUCACUCCCUAGCAGUGUCUUCUCGCCAAACUCGGUAGCAACUUUGGAGCUAUCGAGCGCUCCAAUGCAUUCGACCACGACAACCGAGAUGCAAGUUCCUCCGGGACCUGUCAUCAUUGGCAUUGCCAUGGUGAAUACUGGAAUCUGGGACUACAUUACAGGCAUUCGGAUUAUCAGAAAGGCUGAUGGGCAAGAACAGUUUGCGGGGUUUGCAUUCGACAGUGGUGAAGUACUUUACAGUGUCGCGGCACUGCAUGGCUUUAAUGUGGCCUUGGGACCGCACGGGGUACGCGCCCUGCAAAUCGUCGGUCCACAACGAGACGCGUGCUCAUGGAUUGGCCGUACCGAAGGCGUGCCCAUUUCUGAAUUACUUGGAGUAAAAAAGUCUGUGAACCGCCUGCGGGUAACCUGUGAUGGCUACAAAAUUACUGCUCUGUCAGUAUAUUGCGACAAAACCGAAAGCACAACAAGUUGUGAGCCGGAAGAUACGAACCUUCGUCAUACAGCAGUCUGGUAUCCCAAAGUGCCAUCCGAGGACCUAGUGCUCAAUGACGGCUCCUUCACUGGCCUCCGCCCCGUGUCUACCACAUACCAGCCAAUCUCUUGGAUCAAAUUCGGCGGACAACGAGGCAAGAACUUGCCUCACGUGAAAGGUGUAAUGAUAAAAUUCGACAACGCCUCUCUGAGCGGCCUGCAAUUCGUGUACGAUUGUGACGUUCCCGAGACUGGCAAUGCAGCUUCUGAGAGCUUUGGUCGCUGUGGACCGUCGAAAAUGGAGGGGGCUUUGCUCUUCUCCAUCGACGGGGCUGCAGGCGAACGAAUUACCUCGAUUUCUGUCGGCCUUGCCGUUUACGAGAAUCCGGAUUAUCCAGAACACCUUCGUCAUGGCAUUAUUCAGUAUUUGACGAUGAGUACCAAUUUUGAUAGAACGACAAGCCUGGGCAAGAAAAAAGAUGGAUUUCGGAUGAAGAAUGUUGAUGUUGCCAGCGGCACAACCAUUACUGGCUUUUACGGACACUUUGCUUGGGGAGAUGGGCUAAUCAAUCUGGGUGUGAUUUCGGAAUACCUCUAA